AAAGCAAAUAAACACAAUACUUAACGAAAAUGGUUCCACUAAAAUGUGGCUCUAUCUGUUUCUUGGUCUUACUGGGUUUAAGCUUUGGUUUUGCUCAUGAGGUUCUUUUGGAUUCCUCUUCUCGUGUCCAAGGACACGAAAAUAUGCACCAUGGUAAAGGUAUUGGUUUAAAUGGGGGAUUUGGUGGAGGAAAGGGCUUUGGUGGUGGAGGUGGAGGUGGAGGUGGAGGUGGUGGUGGUGGAGGUAAUGACCCACCUAGUCCAGGCUAUGGUGGAGGUUGGGGAGGAGGUGGAGGUUGGGGUGGAGGUGGUUUUGUCCCAUGGAUGCCUCCUCCAGCCAGUGGAUGGGGAGGAGGAGGUGGUGGAGGAAAUAGUGGUAAUGUCCCAGGAGGAUCUGGUCCAGGUAAUGGAGGGGGAGGGGGCAUAGGUGGAGGCGGAGGUGGUUAUAAUGCCCCAGGAGGAUCUGGUCCAGGUAAUGGAGGGGGAGGGGGCAUAGGUGGAGGCGGAGGUGGUUAUAAUGCCCCAGGAGGAUCUGGUCCAGGUAAUGGAGGGGGAGGCGGCAUAGGUGGAGGCGGAGGUGGUUAUAAUGCCCCAGGAGGAUCUGCUCCAAUUUAUGGUGGGGGAGGUGGAGGAGGUGGCGGAGGUGGAAGUGGUUACUAUUAUCCAGGAUGUCCUCCAUACUUCGGGGGCUGUAAUUGCCCCCCACAAUGUCUGCCGAGUUGGCCAUCUGUAUAUCAUAAGAAAAUGAUGAAACCUACAAAUGAAGCGGCAAAAAGCUCAUUGAAGACUGGUCUCAAAGGAAGAGCUCCAUGAUUAAGCUCAAUACUGUAAUUUAUUGAGCAUAAUAAUUUGGAAAUUAGAAUGCAGCUUCAGAAGAAGUUCAAUAAAAAGCUCAAUUAUUUUACAAUGUUUCA